AUGGAAAACGCUGAUAAACUACUGGUGUCGCAUAAUCAAAGUAGUUUGGAUAAAAGUUCACUUCCUUUUUUGCUUUUACUUUACAUAUUUAAAAGCUAUUAUUUGUACAAACUCUUGCAAGCACGCUAUCCGAAGUUGAAACGAGACCCAGUAUUGUCAGUAGACGUAAACAACGAAACCAAGCGUAUUCGCUUCAAGUGUGAAUUUGAUCCACAAGAAACUGGUGCUAAUAUUUAUCAUAUUGUGGCAUGGUAUCAAGGUCUACCUGAGGAGAGAAUACAGCAAACAAAUCGUUUUGUAGAUGUAGGCAAGACCGAAGCGUACUUAGAAAACAACAACACGUAUGGAAUAAAUGGAGGAAAGCCUUUGUUCUGUCUUGGUCACAAAAUUUCCUGCAAAGUUAGAUCCUACUAUUCUGACGCUCCUGAGAUAAAAAGUUCUGCAAGAAAAAGUAAUGAAUUCUAUGCUGGCUUUGAGAUUAAUCCAAAGAAAUUAGAGCUGCGAGAAGGUAAAGAUCGUAAACAUAUAAUUGUUACAACAACAAUACCUGUGGUAUGUGAAGGGCAUUGUGCUGUAAGGUUGGAAUAUGGUCAAAACAGUACAGAUCUUUCUUCCAGUAAUUGCGAAUUAAACUUUACGAACGGUGUAGCUGGAAGAUCAAAGAAUAUCACAGUUUUUGCUAAGACUGAUUGGCACAAUGGUGGAAACAAAUACAUACAUCUCCGAUUUAAUGUUGCAGAACACGCCAAUCCUGUUGAUUGGAAUUGUUAUAAAAGUAUAUCAAAUGUGGUGGUUAAAGUAAAAGAUGAACCUUCCGGAAUUUGCCAAACGUCUGGCGAGCCUCAUGUAAAUACCUUUGACGGAAUGGGAUAUCAUUAUAAUUAUGUUGGAGAUCUCGUUCUUACAAACAGUACAGCGCGCUUGUUCCAGGUACACGUGAGAACUCAUUACUGUAAUGCUACUUACCCGUGUAACUGUGCUGUCGCAGCAAGAGAAGGGGAUGAUGUCGUUGUUAUUGAUUUGUGCCGUCCUCCAUACACUGUGGGUGUUAAGUUUCUCAGUACUGUUCAACCGCGUCUGACAACUGUGGAAAGAAGCAAUGACGGAAAAAACACUUGA